AAAAGCGUUGGUAAAGUUUAUUUGUUUUCGAAUCUUCCAAAGCAAAGAUUUUUUUUUUUUUUUUGUGUUCUCUGUAAGCUUCUUAGUGUAUGUAUAUAGAUAUAGACUAAAUCAAUCCCUGAGUAAUGGCUAUGGCGAGUUUAUACCGGCGAUCUCUUCCUUCUCCUCCGGCGAUUGACUUUUCCUCCGCCGAAGGCAAGCUAAUCUUCAAUGAAGCGCUUCAGAAAGGAACCAUGGAAGGAUUUUUCAGGUUGAUUUCGUAUUUCCAGACUCAGUCUGAACCAGCGUAUUGUGGUUUAGCUAGCCUUUCAGUGGUGUUGAAUGCUCUUUCUAUUGAUCCUGGACGCAAAUGGAAAGGGCCUUGGAGGUGGUUUGAUGAAUCAAUGCUGGACUGUUGUGAGCCAUUGGAAGUGGUUAAGGAAAAAGGUAUUUCGUUUGGGAAAGUUGUUUGUUUGGCUCAUUGUUCUGGAGUAAAAGUUGAGGCUUUCCGGACUAGUCAGACCAGUAUCGAUGAUUUUCGUAAAUUUGUGGUGAAAUGCACGAGUUCUGAAGAUUGCCAUAUGAUCUCAACGUAUCACAGAGGUGUAUUUAAGCAGACUGGGUCUGGUCACUUUUCACCUAUUGGUGGCUAUAAUGCUGAGAGAGAUAUGGCUUUGAUUCUUGAUGUGGCUCGUUUCAAGUAUCCUCCUCACUGGGUUCCUCUUGAACUUCUUUGGGAAGCCAUGGACAGCAUUGAUCAGUCUACAGGGAAACAUAGAGGGUUCAUGCUCAUAUCUAGACCUCACAGAGAACCCGGAUUACUCUAUACUCUGAGCUGCAAGGAUGAAAGCUGGAUCGACAUAGCCAAGUAUUUGAAGGAAGAUGUUCCCCGUCUCGUAAGUUCAGAGGAUGUAGAUUCUGUGGAAAAAAUUCUAUCAGUUGUGUUCGAGUCACUUCCAUCAAAUUUCAACCAAUUCAUCAGAUGGGUGGCUGAGAUCCGGAUUACAGAGGACUCAAACAAAAAUCUCAGCGCAGAGGAGAAAUCGAGGCUGAACUUAAAGCAAUUGGUCCUGAAAGAAGUGCAUGAAACUGAACUGUUCAAACACGUCAAUAAGUUCUUAUCCUCAGUGGGUUACAAAGACAGUCUGACAUAUGCUGCUGCGAAGGCUUGUUGCCAAGGAGCUGAAAUCUUAUCCGGAUGCUCAUCAAAAGAGCUUUGUUGUCGGGAAACUUGUGUGAAAUGCGUCAAAGGUCCUGGAAAUGAUGAAGGCACGGUCGUUACCGGAGUUGUGGUGAGUGACGGGAAUGAACAAAAGGUUGAUAUACUGGUGCCAUCGACUCAAACUGACUGUGAAUGUGGUUCAGAAGCAAAUUAUCCAGCAGGAAACGAUGUGUUCACUGCACUUCUGUUGGCUUUACCUCCACAGACAUGGUCAGGGAUCAAAGACCAAGCUCUGAUGCAUGAGAUGAAGCAGCUUAUCGCCAUGGUUUCCCUCCCAACUCUGCUUCAAGAAGAGGUAUUGCAUCUUGGGCGGCAACUUCAGCUGCUAAAACGAUGCCAAGAGAACAAGGAAGAGGAAGAUCUAGAUGCUCCUGCUUAUUAAUUUAUCGUCACUAAUUUACUCUCUCUUAAUUCGAACCCCCACGCCCUGCAAUGAGAUAUAUUUGUAACAUAUGCUAUUUGUAAGGUGCUAAUCAUAAUAAGCUAAGAAUCACAUUCAUCUCACUAUACUCCAAAUUAAGAAGCAAUAUACUUUUCUUAUUCAGCA